CAUGUGACAACAGAAGGUCAAUCAUGGCAGCCUGCGCUAAAGGGGUUGGCAAAUGUAUCUUGUCUUUAAGGUUACUACGAAAUCUUCAACUCCAACAUGAACGAUUUCUGUCCACGUCUAUGUGUCGGCUUGCUGCGGGAAAUGACGGAAAGUUCAUUCCUCCCUCUAAACCUGUCAUCAUUGAUAAAACACAGACUGCAGCAUCUCUGCGAAAGUUCCUGAGCCCAGAAUUCAUCCCUCCCCGCCAGAGAAUCAACCCUUUUAAGUUUACCAUGGAGAGGAAAGAUAUGAUACGCAGGAGGAACGUGCUUAACAUCCCUGAAUUCUAUGUCGGGAGUGUCCUAGCUGUGACCAUGGCUGACCCCAAUGCCAGUGGGAAAACCAACCGCUUUGUCGGCAUCUGUAUCCAGAGGGGCGGAAAGGGACUGGGAGCCACAUUUAUUCUGAGGAACAUCAUUGAAAACCAAGGUAUUGAGAUCUGCUACGAGCUGUACAACCCUCGUAUUCAGAAUAUUGAGGUGUUGAAGCUAGAGAAGAGAUUGGAUGAAAACCUGAUGUACCUGAGAGAUGCCCUGUCAGAGUACAGCACUGUGGACCCAGAAAUGAAGCCUGUGCCAAUCUCCCCUACUGGAGAGGUGCCAGUCAACAAGAUGAGAGUAAGGAUGCGCCCAAGGCCUUGGUCCAAACGUUGGGAGCGACCCAAGUUCAACAUCAAGGGAAUCCGCUUCGAAUUGUGCCUGACCCCAGAGAAGAUGGAGUACACCGCCCAGAAGUGGGGAGAGCCUUGGCGGGAGUACGACAUGCUGAAGGAGUAUGACACUUCCAAACUGGAGGAGGAGAUCUUCCGUGAGGUCCAGCAGGGGAUGAGCAAGUCAGGGACGGCUUCUUAAAAUGCAAAUGUUCUUCACUUUUACCAUAAAGACAUAACAUUUCCAGGAAUGGGGAAUGAUUGGAUGAUUGCAUGGAUGUGCAACACCUGACUAGAUUGUGGUCCAUUUUCAGUCAGAGUUCAUCAUGAUGGUUUACCACAGCUACACCAGUGCAAGUGGAAACUGGUGUAAUGUUCAGAGGAGUCAGGCCCUCCUAUUUGUCUCGUCCAUCAGUCUGCUGUACAUUAUGAGUUCUUUCAAUGUCGUUGCUCUAAGGUAUUUACAUUAAUCAUGAUGCACAUCCAUUAAGAGGUUUCUAUAAUAAAUAUGAUUAAACCCUUCAAGCUGCUUUUUAAGUACAUUUUGUUCUUCCAAGAAUCAUAUGAGAACUAUGUUUUGACUAUAGUUACUG